AUGCUUAUCUCGAAGCCACUUCAUACCCUCUCGCUAUGUCUCGGACUAGCGGGUGUCUUGUCAGCGAGAGCGAUCGGUUCGGAUUCCCAACAUAUCCAGAAAAGAGACCAAAAUGUUGUCACCUUUGAUGACCACAGUCUCCUCAUCAACGGCGAGCGCCUCAUGAUAUUCAGUGGUGAGGUCCAUCCAUUCCGCCUACCAGUCACUGGCCUAUGGCUCGACAUCCUCCAAAAGAUUAAAGCAUCCGGAUACAGUGCUGUCUCCAUCUACAUCGACUGGUUUCUCUUAGAAGGCAAACAGGGUGAAUUUCGCUCCAAAGGGAUCUUCGCCUAUGAUACCUUCUUUGAGGCCGCCAAGAAGGCCGGUCUCUAUGUCAUUGCUCGUCCCGGGCCGUACAUCAACGCUGAAGUGUCUGGGGGUGGAUUUCCAGGCUGGUUGACCCGUGUCCCGGGAGCACUUCGUACCAACUCGGACGCCUUCAUCAGCGCCACAGAUCUUUAUACAAGCGAGAUUGGCAAGGUCAUUGCCGCCGCUCAGAUCAAUAAUGGCGGGCCUGUCAUUCUCCUACAACCCGAAAAUGAGUAUCAAAACGCCAUCACCCCUUAUCCUAUGCCAGAGUACGAUUACUGGAGCAGUGUGACCAACCAGUACCGGAAAGCCGGAGUUGACGUUCCGUAUUUCAACAACGAGGCUCAUAUGUACGGAUAUAUUACUGCCCACACGCCCGCCAGCGUGGAUAUCUACGGCCAUGACUCGUACCCGCUUGGAUUUGACUGUGACAAUCCAGACUUCCAAGGAGGCGGUUUCCAACACUGGGGCCAAACGGCCGGGUUUGAACAGUGUGCUUCUCUGCUCAACAUGGAAUUCGAGCGUGUAGUCUACAAGAACAACUACGCUGUCGGUGCAACCAUUUUCAACAUCUACAUGACGUAUGGCGGCACGAACUGGGGUAACCUUGGACACGCCGAGGGCUUCACAUCCUACGACUACGGUGCCCAAAUUACUGAGGAGCGUCAACUAUGGCGGGAGAAAUACAGCGAGGUCAAGCUUCAGGCACACUUCUUCCAUGUCUCGCCUGCCUAUCUUGAGGGGGAUCGCUUCAACUCAUCCCUGGAAUACACGAAUACCGAUGCCAUAACUGUCACGCCUGCUACAACCAACACUACCAAGUUUUACAUCUCUAGGCAUACAGAGUAUGAGACGACAGAGUCAGUUCCAUACCGUCUCAAGGUCAAGACAGUCGAUUACGGAGACAUUGAAAUCCCCCAACUGGGCGACAGUCUGAUUAUGAACCGCCGCGACUCCAAAAUCCACGUCAGCGAUUACCCGGUAGGAGACAAGAAGCUCAUCUAUUCGUCCGCCGAGGUCUUUACAUGGAAGAAAUACGAUGACAAGACCGUCUUGGUAUUAUAUGGCGGGCCCAAUGAGUACCACGAGGUUGCCAUUGCAGGUGAAACAGAGAUCAAGAAAGAGGAUGUGGAAGUGCAGAGCGGCGAUGUCAAGGUUCAGACCUCCGACAAGGGCUACACAAUUCUCUCUUGGGCCAUCUCGGACAGUGCCAAAGAUCGAAACGUCGUCCUAGUCCAAGAAGAUUUCUACAUCUAUCUUCUCAACCGCAACGAAGCAUACAACUUCUGGGUUCCUCCCACCGGCUCAGGCACCGACUUCGGCACCUCAGACAUCAUCCUCAAAGCCGGCUACCUCAUCCGCACGGCCCAAAAGGACGGCAAGUCACUCAGCCUCGUCGGCGACGUCAACGCCACCACCCCCAUCGAGAUCAUCGGCGGCGCCCCUGCCGGCCUCGAGGAGCUCAACUUCAACGGCCGGCCCCUCGACUUCAGCCAAACCCCCCACGGCGUCGUCACCGCCACCGUCGAGUUCUCCAAGCCCGAGUUCGCCCUCCCCUGCCUCAGCCAGCUCGAGUGGAAGAAGAUCGACUCCCUCCCCGAGCUCUCCCAGGACUACGACGACAGCGGCUGGGUCGACGCCGACUACACCACCUCCCCCAACGACCUCCGGCCCCUCGACACCCCCGUCUCCCUCUACGCGGGCGACUACGGAUUCCACACCGGCACCGUCCUCUUUCGCGGCCACUUCAAGGCAAACGGCGACGAGUCCUCCCUCACCAUAACGGCCCAGGGCGGCCACGCCUUCGGCUUCUCCGCCUGGCUCGGCUCCCGCUUCCUCGCCUCCUGGACCGGCGAGACCAACGUCUUCAACGGCACCGUCACCGCAGACCUGCCCGCCGACCUGCUCGCCCCCGGCUCCGACCAGGUCAUCACCGUCGUCAUCGACCACAUGGGCCUCAACGGCAACUACGUCAUCGGCGAGGACAACCUCAAGACCCCGCGCGGCAUCCUCUCCUACUCCCUCGCAGGCCACCCGGCCUCCGACGUCACCUGGAAGGCCGCCGGCAACCUCGGCGGCGAGGACUACGCCGACCUCGCCCGCGGGCCCCUGAACGAGGGCGGCAUGUACGCCGAGCGCCAGGGCUUCCACCAGCCCUCCCCCCCUUCCUCGGGCUGGGCGUCCGGCCGCCCGACCGACCCCGUCCCCGCGCCGGGCAUCACCUUCUACACCGCGUCCUUCGACCUCGACCUGCCCAGGGGCUACGACGUCCCCCUCUCCUUCAAGUUCGGCACCGGCGUCGGGGCCGGGAGGUUCCGCCUCCAGCUCUUCGUCAACGGCUACCAGUUCGGCAAGUUCGUGCCUCACAUCGGCCCGCAGGCGAGGUACCCCGUCCCCGAGGGGAUACUCAACCACCACGGGACCAACACCCUCGGCAUCACGCUCUGGGCGAUGGAGGAGGGCGGGGCGAAGCUCGAGGGGAUGGGGUGGCAUGUGUCCAUGAUAACCGAGUCUGGGUUCGGCGACAUCGAACUGACCCCUGCGCCGGAAUGGGAAGAGAGAAAAGACGCCUAUUAG